AUGGGGGAAGACAAGAUAACUCUCGGACGGUACAUGUGGGAACGCAUUCACCAAAUCGGUGUCGACACAGUCUUUGGCGUACCAGGUGACUUCAACCUGCAGUUUCUCGACUCCAUCUAUCUCACCCCAGGACUGAGACUCAUUACCAACCAAAAUGAGCUCAAUGGUGCCUAUGCAGCUGACGGGUACUCUCGCAUCAAGAACGCUCCUGGCUGCCUCGUCACUACACAUGGCGUUGGGGAACUCUCUGCCUUGAAUGGAAUCGCAGGAAGCAUGAGUGAGAAUGUCAAGGUGGUUCAUGUUGUUGGCCAAACAACGAGGACUAUGCAAAAUGCGAAAAUGAUGAUCCACCACAGCAUUGGCGGGAAGCCACAUCACCAGGUCUACAAUAAGGCCAGUGAAGGGCUGCGAGUUGCGGCUGCGGAACUUUGGGAUAUUGAGAGUGCGCCCAAGGAGAUUGAUCGCGUGCUGAGAGAGUGUGUGAUUCAGAGUGGUCCGGUCUACAUCUUCUUGCCGUUGGAUCUGAGUGCCGAGAUGGUCGAUGCGGGUUUGUUGACAGAGAAGAUUGAUCUUGAACCGAAGGUUGAAAAAACGGCCCAGGAUGCGGCGGUAAAAGCUAUAGUUGCUGCAGUCGCAGAGGCAAAGCAACCGACGAUUGUGGUAGAUGCAUUGGUACAUCGGUUCGGUGCAUCAGAAGAAGCGAAACAGCUGGUCAAGGCGCUCAAUGUCCCAUUCUUCUCCGCAGCAAUGGGCAAAGGCAUCGUUGAUGAGACAGAUGAGCAGUUUGUGGGCGUGUGGAACGGCGAAAUCAGCUCCCCAGGUGUCAAAGAAGUUGCAAAGCAGGCGGAUCUGGUCAUCACGCUUGGCUACGUACCCGCUGACACGAACUCCGCUGGCUUCUCGAGACCAUUGGAAGAUGGGAAAACCAUACACAUCAACCCGCAUGAUGUCAUUGUCAAGGGCAAAUCUUAUUCCUCUACUUCCAUCAAGCCCCUUCUUGCUGCUCUUUCCAAAGCCCUUCCAUCAACACCGCAACACAAAAUCCCUAAACCCACUUUGCCUGGCCCCCGUAUUCCUCUCGAUGCAAAUGCCGCCCAUCUGACACAAUCUGCGCUUUGGCCCGCCAUUGAAGCGUUCAUCCGCCCAGGUGAUGUUAUAGUUAGCGAAACAGGAACGAGCAAUACUGGUGUCUGUGAUAUCACAUUUCCGGCAGACAUUAGACUGGUCACUCAAAUCUACUAUGGAAGUAUUGGUUUCGCUACUGCUGCCACACUCGGUGUAGAUGUGGCACGACGGGAACUCGAAGAGGGUGGACAAAAGGCCGGAAGGACAAUUCUGCUAACCGGCGAUGGGAGCAUGGCAUUGACGAUACAAGAAAUUGGCACCAUGAUCAAGAACAAGUCCAAGUCCAUCAUAUUCGUACUCAACAACGAUGGAUACACUGUUGAGCGGUUGAUCUGGGGUGCACGACAACCAUACAACGAUAUCGUUCCUCACAACUACUCACAUCUGCUUCCGCUGUAUAACCACCCUAACCCCGAGACUUCAUUCCAUCGCGCCACAACAAAAGAAGAGCUCAAGGCUAUCCUGGAGAAGCCUCAGCUGCAGCAGCCGGAGAAUGUGCAGCUUGUGGAACUGGUGCUGGAUAAGAUGGAUACGAGCUGGAAGCUGGGGACCGUGCUAGCGUGGAGAAGUGAGGAGCACAAGGAGUAUCUUACGCGAGAAGGGUUUGUGGAUACGUAUGGUGGGUGGGGUUUGGAUGGCAAGGCUGGAGGGGAUGUGAAGUGGAGCUGAGUGCGGAUUCGCAGACGCGAUGAUUAAGAUGUGAAGAUACUGAAAACAGAAAUCCUUACGAUUGAAGACUUGAUUUGUUAAUACGAGAUACUGAUGUUUUAUCUUUA